GUUGAUGUGUAAAUAUAGUUGACAAAAUUAUUAAAAUGAAUUGUUUUAUGAAACAAGUUGUAUACAAAUUCACGAACCAUAUUCAAAACUAAAAUUUCCCUGAUCGGUCGCUGCAGCAAGCAAGCGGCGUCGCCGGCGAGAUGGUAAAAAUCAAAACUAGAAGUUGUUCAACUUCCUCAGCUUCGGCUUCUAGCCAAAGGAAAAUUGGUUUGGCAGGAGAUACCAAGAAGGCUGCAAGGAAGAAGACGGCGCGAAAAAAGGUAUCAAGAAUUGACGCCUUGAAGCCCAAGAAACCUCCCACGGCCUUCUUCUAUUUCAUGGAGGAUUUUCGUAAGGAAUACCGAGACGCUAAUCCUAAUAUCAAGUCAAUGCGCGAUAUUGGGAAAGCAUGUGGGGAGAAGUGGAAAACAAUGACAUAUGAGGAAAAGGUGAAGUACUAUGAUAUUGCCACUGAAAAACGAGCUGAGUUUGAUAUAGCUAUGACAAACUUCACUAAGAAAAAGGAAAGUGGGGAAUUUGAUGAAGAUGAUUUGCACCUUGAUGACGACUCAGAUUUUGAUGGAUGAAACUGUUACGAUAGGGUACAACUCUCAACUGUCGAUGCCACCUCUCUCAACUCUGAAUUCUCUAUCCGUAUCUGUAUAAUGUCCUGUGCAGUAAACUCAAGUAGUUUUAGGGAUAUCACAGUCUCGAGUAUCCGAUUAAAUUUAAUUGGUCUCCUUACCCUAAAUGUACAAGCGAGAUCACGACUGCAGAAGUCAGAAGUGUUCAAAACCUUGCUGUAUCUUGUUAAAUCUUCUCCAUUUCAUUAUUGCAGUUUCCCUCUCUGCUGCAUGAUUCAAGUGCUGGGAGUUGCCUUUUUGUAAAUUGAUGGUUUGAAGUUUGAACUGUAUCUUCAGCAUCAAUUAAGAUUACACACACACACAUUGUAUUUUGUAUAUUUUGGUUUAAAGAAAUCAAGAAUUAGUGCUUCAGUA